CACCGCGUGGAAGAAAGUGAAUGCCCUGAGUGAUGUAGGAACGAAAGUUAGUCGGAACCUUUGUGUGCGUUACGUAGAAGCGGAACAAUAAUGUCGAUGCAACUCUAGAAUGUAAACAAAUAAUUAAAACCGUUAUUCGUCUGUGAAGGAAAGCUUUGUAAUAUAGUUUUAAAUAUACAUAGCUUGUUGUUUUACGUGAUGUAUUUGAACUGUUCUGAAUAGCUGUCAAAACCCCGUCAGCUCUCCGUUUGAAAAUGGUAUACCAUAUACCCUGGAUCUACACACCUGUGCGGUCUGUGCUGGCAAUCUGGCACCAGCUGACCAAGACCGAGAUCCCAGAGUUGGCCAAGUGCUCGGUGCUGAUGAGGGAUCGCAGCAGAGUGGAGGACACAAUCUACGCCAUGCAGCGGGCAGGUGUAGGCAGCCUGCAGGUAAUCUCAGACUUCGAUAUGACACUAACCAGAUUUGCCCAUAAUGGAAAGCGAGUUCCUACCACGCACAACAUUCUGGAUAACAGGUUGUUGAUUGAUGAAGAUUGCACUAAAAAGAUUAGAGGGCUUUUGAACACCUACUAUCCAAUAGAGAUUGAUGCUGGCCGGACUGCUGAAGACAAGCUGCCUCUCAUGGUGGAGUGGUGGACUAAAGUCCAUGAGCUGCUGAUUCAGCAGAGGAUCAGGAAGGAAAUGCUGGCCCAGGCUGUCAAGGAAUCCAGCGCUAUGCUCAGGGACGGCUACAAAGUGUUUUUCGACCAUCUGACAGAGCAGCAGGUCCCUCUGUUGAUCUUCUCGGCGGGUGUCGGGGACGUCCUGGAGGAGGUGAUUCGCCAGAACAACGUCUUCCAUCCCAAUGUCCACAUCAUCUCCAACUACAUGGACUUUGACCAAACUGGGGUCCUGCGAGCGUUCAAAGGCCAACUCAUCCACACUUUCAACAAGAGGGAAGGCGCUCUGUCACAUGCUUCUGGCCUCCGAGUGCUACAGGGUCGACCCAACGUGCUGCUGCUGGGAGACUCUUUGGGAGACCUGACCAUGGCUGACGGUGUGUCCGAGCACCAGAACAUCCUCACCAUCGGCUUCCUCAAUGACCAGGUGGACGAGAGAAAAGAGUCGUACGUCAACUCCUUUGACGUCGUGCUGGUGAAGGAUGAGACGAUGGAAGUUCCCAAUGCAAUCCUCAAAUGCAUUACCUCAUAAAGAGACAAGUGAGACGCAUGAGAAGAUAAACACGGAUGGAAUCAUCGUGUUGCAAGCCGCACGUUCACAUCAUCACUUACCUCAAUCCAGACCUUGAGACUGGACUUUCUUUCUUUUACACUCUCAGUGUUUCGACUGUUUAUCUAAGCCAUCCUACUUGAAUUAGGUCAGGCAUUUGCUACUUAGUUAAAAAGAAUCUGUGAUUUUUGCCAGUACUGUCUCUUCACACAGUUUUACAGGGCUAGGUUUUUCUCCCAGCUGUUUAAUUUGUUGAAGGGAAUCCUCAGAUAAGAACCUUACUACCUAAAUGGCAAUGUGCCAUCUUAACAGACCUCAGUGCAGGGAAGAUAAUAUUGUCUUGGUAUUCAAAAACAUAUCAGCAACCUCUUAAAAAUAUCAUAUAUUUAUUUCUAAUCUUCUCACUCCUGUUCUAUUCUAAAUGUUCUAAUUUACCUUUUCGUUUUCAGUCUGUUUUGAAUUACUGUGACAUUAAGCUUGUGUUUGAAAACACCUACAUUGUAUUUUGUACAUGUUUUUAUCUGCCAACUUUUCUGUUUCAUAUUCUAACUUAACAAUGGUGAUAUCAGUUUUUUGGAGUCCUUCUAACACUUUUUGUUUACCAGUAAAGUGCAAACAAACACAAAGCCUACAGAAUGCAAUAUUUGAUGAGUCUGUUGAUUAUUUAUUUGGGUGUUUUGUCUUUCAACUGAUUCCUAGCUACUUGGAAUUAUUACACUGCACUGGUUGCUCUUAACUCUAGCUGUCAUUAAAGAAAGUAUCAAAAUGUACCAACUGGUAAGUGUGCUCUUUUCCUCUAUAGACAUAGUUCAUAUAAGUGGUUGGAAAACAAGGAUUGCUCUUCCAGAUCCUUCCUAGUUACAUUAAAGAGUCUAAAGAAAUGUGAACGAUCCCUUUAAUCAUCACUUUCGUAUUUCAAUGUUGUUUUUUCUUAUGGUUUUUUAACAAACGAUAUAAUUUAGUUUUUUCUGGUAUUUUUUGACACAUCGUGCUAUCACCGUUUCUACUAUACUAUUGUUGGAGCAAUAAUGCAUAGUGUGUGUCUUUUAUUUUAUCUGCACAAGUUGAAUGUAACAUGCAGUUCUGACAUUGACCACAGGGU